AUGCCUAGACCUUGCAAGCGUAGGCGAUGUAUGGCUGAGGGCGAGCUUGAGGCCCAAAGUGAGCCACAGGACCUAAUGAGUGCUCCAGUUUCAAUAGAGGAAGUAGAUUCCUCAUCCUCUUCUACUUGCUCCUCCUCUUUCCCCUCGUCUUUCUCUUCUUCCUCUUCUUCCUAUGCUCUAACAUCCAGCACCUCAGAGGAAGGGUUUGUUGCUUCCAGGACAUCAAGUCCUUCUCAUAGUCCUCCAGGAGCAUGCUCCUCCUGCACUGCCAUGAUCUCCUCUCCAUGUAGCCAAUUCAGUGCAGCCUCUGAACCUGAGGAGGGUUCAGGUUCCUCAGAGGUCAUGCCUUGUGCUGCUUCAUUGUCUAAAGGUGAGAUAGAUGUAAAAGUAGAUGAGUUGGUAAAGUAUCUGCUCUUUAAGUAUCUAAUGAAGGAGCCAGUCACCAAGGCAGAAAUGCUCAGUAAUAUCAUUAGAAAUUAUCAGGACCACUUCCCCUUGAUAUUUAGAGAAGCCUCAGAGUGCAUGCAGUUAGUCUUUGGCAUUGACAUGAAGGAAGUACAGCCUGCUGGCCACACUUAUAUCCUUGUUACAUCCCUAGAGCUCACCUAUGAUGGGAUGAUGACUGAUGUCCAGGGCAUACCCAAGACAGGCCUCCUGAUAAUGGUCCUGAGCAUAAUAUUUAUGGAAGGCAACUGUAUCAGUGAGGACAUGGUGUGGGGUGUGUUGAAUAACAUAGGCUUGUAUGCUGGGAAUGAACACUUCAUAUAUGGGGAACCCAGGAAGCUCAUCACUGAUGAUUUUGUACAAGAAGGAUACCUGGAGUAUAGGCAAGUAUCUGGCAGCCAUCCUCCUUCCUAUGAGUUUCUCUGGGGCCCACGAGCCUAUGCUGAAACCACUAAGAUGAAAAUCCUGACAUUUCUGACCAACAUCAAUGGAAGUGACCCCAGAUCAUAUCCAGUGUGGUAUGCAGAGGCUUUAAGAGAUGAGGAAGAGCGAGCCUAG